AUGCAAUCGCUGGUGGUGUUCUUCGCUCUCGCCUCCGUGGCUUGCGGCUCAAUCAUCCCCUGGGCGCAGCCAGCGCAUCACGCUGCUCUAGUGCUGGACCCCCACGGUCGUCCCCUCGACACCGCUGCAGUCCUCCACGCCCGCGCCAUCCACCUGCAGGCUAAGGCUCUGGAGCCCGUCAGCCACGCUGCCAUUGCUCCCCUCGUCCACUCCGCCGUAGUGGCAGCGCCUAUCGCUCACGCUGUGGUCGCCGCUCCCGCCGCCGUGUCUCACCAAUCCCGUGUGGAUGUGCACUCUAGCCCCGCCGCCGUGGCUCACACCGCCCCCGUGCUGGCCGCUGCGCCCGUCUUCAGUGCCCACGGCCUCGCCGCCCACGGUCUCGCUGCCCAUGGCCUCGCCGCCCACGGUCACGCCGCUCCUCUGCUGGGCUACUCUGCUCACGGACUCGCCGGACAUGGACACCUCCUCAAGAAACGCUCCCUCGGCCACUUGGCAUACAGCGCACCCCUCGUCGUCGCCCCCUCUGCCGUCUCUCACCAAUCCCGUGUGGAUGUAGUGUCCAGCCCCGCCAUCGUGUCUCACCACGCUAUCGCUGCCCCCGUGGUCUCUCACGCCGUGGCCGCUCCCGUGCUCACUCACGCCAUCGCUCCCGCUGCAGUUUCCCACCAGUCCCGCGUUGAUGUGCGCAGCAACCCAGCUAUUACCAUCGCCGCCGCUCCCCUCCUCCAUGCCGCUCCCUGGGCGCAUGGUGCUGGUCAUUUAGUCCAUGGCUGG